ACACACAAGGCGAUCAUGGCCGAGAAGAGGAAGUCCAAGAGGAAAGUCCAGGAUGACCAGGAUCCCAAGGGUCCCUAUAUAAAACGCUGCUCUCCACCAAAAGAUGAGGAUAUUCCUCUUCCUGUAGAGGAAAAGCCAGAAAAACAGGAAUAUGCUGUUGCAACUUACCUGAAGAAGCAUUGUCCAGUUAAGAGGACAAAGUUCUUAAAUCAUCAAGUGAACUACUUCUAUGCAAAUAAGGCCAUUGAUAUUCUCCUGGAUUCACCAUGGGCCACUGGCAAGGAUAUCCUCUUUACGGACCGGGAGUCUGUUGUGGAAUACUGCAACAAGCUGUUAAAACACAAGUUCUUCCAUCGGGCUCGGAAGAUUCCGAUCACCGACAAGGACCUGAAACCAAAAGACUUGAAGAGGAAAAAGGAAAAGGAGAAGGAAGAGGAAAAGAAGAAGAAGAAAGAAGCAGUGAAGAAGAAGGAAGAGGAGAAAACAAAGGAGGAGGAGUCUCAAGAAGAGGGCAGAAAGGAAGUGGAAGAGAUAGCAAGCAAAACAGAAGACAAUGAAGAAAAGGAUGAGGAGAAGGAGAGGGAAAAGAAGAAGAAAAAGAAAAAGAUCAAACUUGACAUGCAUCUUGACCAAGAAUUUAUAGAUGGUACAGACGCAUACGUUUGGAUGUACGACCCAGUUCCAUUUUGGUAUUAUAUUGCUGGUGGGCUUAUCCUCAUUGGUGCGAUUGCUGUGUGCCUCUUCCCCUUGUGGCCUCCGGGUGUUCGAAAAUGUGUAUACUACCUGAGUGUAGCAGCAGCAGGAUUCUUAGGAGUGAUCUUGGCUUUGGCUGUCAACCGGUUCAUAAUCUUUAUCAUCGUCUGGGUCUUGAGCAUGGGAUACCACCACCUCUGGCUGCUGCCCAACCUUACCGAGGACGUUGGGUUCUUUGCCUCAUUCUGGCCUCUGUACCAUUACGAGUACCGUGGUGAAGGUUAUGAAAAGAAGAAGAAAAAGAAGAAAACAAGCAAAGACGAUGAUGAUCAGGAACAAGAUGAUUCUGGUAAAAAAUCUGAUGGUGAUAAUGGAUUAGAUAGUCCAGACACGGCUGCAGAGACGGAUAAACCUGAGACAGACGUGGACAGGGGUCAUAGCAAGGACCAGACUGCAGGAAGUGAAACAGAUUCGGAAAAUUCAAAUUCACAAGCUUUUGAAAUAAUUGAAAAAGAAGAUGUAGAUGGUGCGCAUGAAACCGGUGACGAAAAGGCGGAAUCUAAAAAGGAUAUUAAUUCAGAUGACGGAGAAGAAGAUGAAAAAGAUGUUUUAGCAGAAGACAGCAGUUGUUCAUAAAGUUACUCUACUUACAUUUUAUUCCUGAAAUAAUCGGUGGGGAAAGCGAUACAGUAAAGGUCGGUUAGUGGCAUGUACUAUUAUACAUGAGAUAUUAUACAAGGUAUUCAGUGUGUCCUGGGGUUGAUUAAAAUUCGACAUAAUAGACUGAAUGUUUGUUGAUGUUCGGUAUGGUUAAUUAUAGAAAUCUAGCAAGAUCUAUAAAAAUUUUAUUUUCAAAAUAAUAUAUGAGUAAUUUAUCUUGGGGAGACAUUGUUUACCAAUAAUAUAUAUCUAUUUGAGUGAAUCUCUCUGUUACCUUAGAGGUGCAUAAGUGCAGAAGUAUUUCAACUUGUUUUAGAUACAUUUGCAGUUCAUCUUAAGAUUAGCUCUGAUUGGUAGAGCUUGUUAUCAUCACAAAAUUUAGCCCUGUGCAAGUGUGCUUCUUUGGUGAUAAAGGGAUUAUUGGUAAGAGAUGUUGUCAGAGACUUAAAAUACUAUUUUAUAUACCAGUUUGAUAAUUUAGCAUUAUUCUUGUAUGUUAUUUUCUAAGCUUUCUUUCUGGUACAUAUACAGUGCAUAGAACUUCAUCAGGCUUCCAGUCCUUUCCAAAAUCCCAUGGUUCAUUUUGGGCAGAUUUUCAUGUAACCAAGAAUUUUUGUUAACUUAUUGAAAGUUACGUGACUCUUUGUUUUUAAUGGACACUCGUAAUUGAAAGGUAAUAAAGAUGCAGUCUGCAGAAAAAUUAUUCAAAUUUUUUCCUUCUUUUUCUUCUUCUCGUUUCACCUCCUUGACAUUAUUCAGAGCGAUUAUUUAACCUCUUGUGAGUUUUGUAUAUGGAAUCUCACUGUGGCAUCUUUUCCAUAAUUUGCCUAUCCUGUUUGUGAACACCAGUUACGUUGUGUAAGGAACUUUGUAAUAUUGUCUUCAUUUGUAUCAAAGUAUGCCUUGAGAAGCAGUAGAGAUAAAGAAAACUAAACUAAGAAUUUUUUUUAUUGUAAAGUCUAAAUGAAGCCCUGGUUUAGAUGUGUAGAAAAAAAAAUUAAAAACAUUUUAGAUAUCAAUUUUAUUCAGAUUACUGGUAAGUUACUUGUAGUUCAGUAUCCUCAAGGUAAUUUGCAUAUCAUGGUUUGCAUCAAAGUUCUGCUGUGAUACAGGGCAUUCAAAUGAUGUUGGAGUUGGAAGUGCUGAGAUCUUAACCUCACUCACUUUAUCAUUCUGUACCAAGAAGUAGGAUGGGUAUUAUUUUGUAAUUAUUAAAACAUGAGAAUUGCA